CUUUGCUGAAUAGGAGGCAGGCAGACCAGUCACCUAAAAUACUGCUGAUAACUUCUGAAUGUGAUUUCCACUAAUAUCCCUUUGCAGAAAUCCUGUAUUCUAGAGUUCAACUUUCAUUUACCCCCUGACAGAACUCGUCCUGGGAUUUACAGUGCUGCUAUAAAAAUCAGCCGCAGGAACUUUGAUCAGUGCGUAUUUGUGUUAUUCAACGUCUUUGUGUAUGGUGACAUCCCGAUCGUAAGCUCACUAUGACGGCCGAAGUUCAGGUUGGACCCUGGAAGCCCCACAGACCCCGAGGGCCAAUUGCAGCUCUUUAUAGCAGCCCGGGACCUAAAUAUGGAUUGCCAGGGAACACAGGUUACAACCAGCAUGAUCCUAGUAAAUACAGAGCACCUGCAUAUAGCUUUGGUAGCCGUCGCUUCAAGUUUGUUGAUAACUGCUCCCCAGGACCUGGGUAUUUGGUGCCAGCUAAUAUCACCAUGAGGGGCAGAGAUGGCACACCCGCAUAUUCACUCUAUGGAAGACCAAAGGAUCUAAAUAUUUUCAGAACUCCAGGACCAGGUAGUUACUCUCCUGAGCGUGCUGGAAAAUCUGCUUAUCGAUCAGUUCCAAUAUAUUCACUAGGGGCAAGAACAAAGACCUUUAGCAAUGACCAAACACCUGGCCCUGCAGCAUAUAUGCUUCCAUCUGUGCUUGGGCCAAAAAUUGUUAACAGAUCAUCAGCACCAAACUUCUCUAUGACUGGACGAAGCAAGAUAGGAAGCUUCCAUGAAGAUCUGCAGAAAACACCAGGACCUGGAACCUACCGCGUUGUUGAGCCAUCAACAUAUAGAUUUAAAUCUCCACAAUACAGUAUGACCGCCAGAAACUCCCUGCCUGGAGACACCACACAAAAACCAGGUCCAGGAGCAUAUAGCCCAGAAAGGGUGGUCAUGUCUAGACCCCAAGCCCCUAAUUUUUCUUUUGGAAUCAGACACUCCGAUUAUGUGGCACCAUUGAUUGUGGAUGUAGUAGACUAAGCAGCAAAAAUCUACCAGUCCAUCACAGAUCUACCUUCAGAAAAGAGGAUGGCUCUGUCUGCGUUUUCGCACUCUGUAGACAUACUGUAAUGUCCUUCGCUGUGUGGUAGCUCUGCAACACAGUACAAUGCAACAACUCAGACAUGCACCUUGGUGUGUGGUCCUCUGGAAGGUCAUAGGAUAAGUUUUAUUAUGUCUCCAUGUUUAAAUUCAUUUAUAUGCAGUUCACAUUUCACAAUCCUUUACAAGAUUCCCCAAAAUGAUGAAAGCGCGCUGUGCAUUUUUGCAAUGUUUGACUACUAAGAAUUAAAGUUGACCGACCAAUUUGUAAAAAAAAAAUCUUGUUUUGUAUUUUAAUUACCUGUGUGUCAGAAACCUGGAAUUGCAGAAUAUGUUUUUGGAGUGCCAAACUAAUGUUUGCACAGUUUCAACUGAAAAAAAUGCCCUUUGGAAUCAAAUGCAUAAUAUCAUAUCGUGUAUGUUUAAAUAAGGUUAAGAAUUUCCUAUUUAACAUAAAUAAAGGUCAAAAAUCUCUGGUAACAUA